AUGGGCAGUUGGGAGGUGGGGCGCCCGGCAGUGCUGCUGGUGUGUGGGAGUCUCGUGUACUACCACUGUGCAUACCGGCAAUCGAGCCUCCUUUCCCUCAUCGCUGAUGUCUUCAUCGUCCUCCUCUGCUCUCUGGCCAUCCUCGGCAUGCUCUUCCGCCAGAUGAACAUCUCGUGAGUCGCCGCUGUCUUCCCUUGGUUUUUUCCUAUGUCGCACAAUGAUGUGGUUAUCGGCGGAUCAUUCAAGCAGGAGAUGCUCUUGUCGACCUGGGAUUUUGGUUUCACGGCACGAUGGGACUAACUGGGGGAACGAAUGGUUUCCCAUAUUCCAUGGGUACGCGAGCUCUGAGUUGCUUGCCAUGCGUUGAACUAUAGGCACAACCACCAAGAUGGAUGCGAUGGCUUCUGCGGCGAUUUUUGUGUUAGGCUUCUCCCUAGGGACGAAAAAGUUGCCCGGUCUUGUGCCUGUUGAGAGUUUAGCAGUUUUAUUUUAACUUGGGUUGUAGGUUUAGCCCUUGGAUUUGAAAUGAUGAAAUCAUGAGCGCCAUUUUUGGGUUUCAAGGAAAAAUGAGAGAAACCAGCUGCCAAUGCGUUGGCCAUGUGCUUAUAUUGCUGAAGAUCAUCCCUUCGAUUUAUGCAAAUAAAUGUUGGAACGGAGCAUGUUGUAGCUGCUUCCUUUCUUUUUUCGUAGCUUACGUUCUUGGAAGAAACCUUACUUUACUGUUGCAUAGUACUCACCUCUGCAUGUUUUUCCAUUGCCAUCCCCUUGCGAGUAGUUUUACAACUGUGAACUGAAGAAUGGAGGAGAAUCCAACUAAGGGGUACUUGAUAUUUCUGUUAGCGACACCUUGCGUGACCUUGGCAAUGAUCUCACAUGGCUUGAUUGUUCCAUAUGGUUUAUGUAUGUUAUGAAUAUUGAAUUCCUUGUGCUCUUCUGUCCUAUUUAGCUACAAUCUUUGGUUUAUGUAUAUGGGAGCAAUGCAUCAUAUAUUCGAAGAGAAUAUCUUUAGAGAGAGAGAGUGAUAUCCUCGUGACAUUGUCUUUCAGUGGAUUUUAUCUGAUAUCCAUUAGUAAUUGGUGACAUCAAUUCAGGGUACCUGUGAAUUAAUCUCAUGUUAACAUCUAUAAUGUAAAAUGUGACGCAACGACCAUCUUCUAGUGCAUUUUUUUUCAUUUAUUCUUUCAAACAUGUGUGCAGGGUACCUGUUGACCCUCUUGAGUGGCAGAUUUCUCAAGAUACGGCCAAUACCUUUGCUGCAUGCAUGGCUAACACAAUUGGAGCUGCGGAAUCGGUCCUAAGAGUUGCUGCAACUGGGCAUGACAAGAGGCUGUUUCUUAAGGUUACCUAUUAUAUUUAUUAUCACUGACAGUGUUGUUGGAUAUAUCCUCGUUCUUUAGUUCUUACUGGAUAUAAUUUCCUCUUCUAGGCCUGCGCUCAUUUUCUGUCGUGCGGUUUUCUGUUAUUCUGAAUUCCCGUGCUCUUGACUUUCCUUUUGUCUCUUACAUUGAAUACUGAUCUUCUUAAAAAUCUCGGUUUUAAUUCUGAGUUCCCGUUCUCUUGACAAAUGAAUGGGUCCUCUCAUUUGUCAAGAGAAACUCCUUGCUGCUCUAAUAAUUUUAUCCGGUAGUUUUUCUCUCCAAACCUUUGAAAUUCAGCAUUGCUCCCUGUCCCGGAGCCCAACAAUGUGUGUGAUAAGUACUCCCCUCCUUCGCAUAUAUUAGCUCAUGAGUUUGCGCAUACAAGCAAAUGCUUGUGUCACUUGCGAUGUGUUCUAGAUUGAUCAGCCCUGGUCCAGAUCGAUCAUGUUUCCAGUCCAUGUCCGAGAGGGAUAUCCUAUUGCUACAUAAAUCUACGCACCUCUGUCUUCGUUCCUUCUCAUGGCCUUGUGUUCCUUGUCUCUGGAGUCAUUUCAGAAAGUUUUUACUGUUUUCCCUUGCUGGAGAGACCAAAGUGUUCCUUUGGGGUCUGUAGCUGGUGACUUUCUGGCCUCCAUUCCCGGUUGCUUCUACUUUCUCAUCCUUCUCAGACGCAUGUGGGAAAAUUCUAUAACUUUUUGCUCUUAAAAUUCAAUCCUAGUGAAGAUUAUGAAAUUUCAUGGAAAGUCCCGUAUGUAGUGGAAGAUGGUACCCAUCCCUUUCUUCACCACACCUUCGUUGUCUCUCUUAGCUUGCCACUCGUCUCCUGAUCCACCGAUACACAAAUCGAAUGCCAUCUUCCAUAGUUGCUAAAAACAUUAUCUCUGUUAGUUUGGGAGAGAUGCUGCUUAGUUAAGAUCAUGUUAUGGGGGUUAAAUAAUGGCCAAGCCCAAACAGAUCAUGUAGUCAGUCGUCUGUUGUAGUUUCUUUGAACUGACACAGUUCUAUUCAGCCCUGAACAUACCUAUCUGUUCGAUCUUCUUAAUUUUGGCUUGCAAAACGUUCUGACUUGUGUUUGAAUUGGCUUAUGAUCAAACCAUUUUUGUCUACAAUGGUUUAUCGCUGAAAAAUCUGAUGAUUAGUGAUUCUUCCAGGUGGUUUUUAUUUUAUACCUUCUAUCAGCUCUUGGGCGGCUAGCUUCAGGUCCCACAGUUGCUUACAUAGGUCAGUAGAGAUGAUCUCUCUCUCUCUCUCUCUCUCUCUCUCUCUCUCUCUCUAAGAAAAAUUCUGAGUGUAAGAAAUCAGAAACAUUUUUAUUGUGCCCAUUGGGUAGAGGGUUCAUCCCUCAGGUGCCUCGGGCAUUCCCAAAACUGCGAUAGUUCUUAUGCGUGCAGUAGCUUUUCUGUUCUUGCUGGCUAGGAGAGGUCCUUCUCCCUGCCCCAAGUUAUGCUACUUAACCUUAUUUUCACUCUAUUUUUCUUUGAUUGAGCCAGGUUUGUGCCUGCUGUGUCUGUACAUUUUUGCGCACAACUCCCCGCUGAUGCACAGGCUCGACUUGAGAAGGUCCGCCGGUGGAGCCCAGGAUGGUGCGCAGCUGAUCGACAGUGCGAGGUGA